AUGGUCCGCGCCGCCAAGCCCUUCAUCACCGUCUCGCUCCUCUGCCUCGUCCUCGCCGCCUCGGUGCCCUCCACGCGCGCCGACUGGGUGCAGGACGUGACGCGCGGCGGCGAGCGCACCUUCCAGGCCGCCUUUGACGGCUGGACCGAGUCGGACCUCCGCUCGUACCUGCUCGACCGCGGCAUCGUCGCGCCCAGCAACACGCGCGAGCAGCUCGUUGUGCUUGCCAAGCAGAACUACGCGCAGAUCCAGGCCUCGGCCGCCGCCGCCACGGACAGCGCCUCGUCGCUGGCCCACGCCGCCGCGUCGAGCGUGUACAGCGCCGCCGCCUCGUUCGAGUCCGCCGCCUCUGCCAGCGCCAGCUCGCUCGGCAACAGCGCCACGUCGGUGGCGAGCCGCGUGUCGAAGAACGUGCCCACGGACGCCAGCUCGCUGUCGUACGAGGUCUCGUCGGGCGCCUCGGGCGCCUCCAAGAGCGCCUCGAGCAUCUACGCUCAGGCCUCGGGCGCCGUGCAGAGCACACUUGACGAUGCCAGCGACUACGUCUACUCCUCGUGGACGGACAACCAGCUGCACGACUACCUCGUCGAGAAGGGCCUCAUCAAGUCGAACACGCAGAAGAAGCGCGACGAGCUGCUCGCCACGAUGAAGGACGGCUACACGACGGCCAAGAACGCGCCGUACGAGGCCUGGUCCGACAGCUACGCCGAGCGCUGGCUCAUCAGCCAGGGCCUGAUCCGCAGCCACGGCGAGAAGCAGCGCGACGAGGUGCUCUCGAUGGUCAAGGACAACUACUACGGCGCCCAGGACACCGUCUACGACAGCUGGAAGGACUCGGACCUCCGCUCUUACCUGAUCAAGAACAACGUGAUCAAGAGCGACUACCAGGCGGGCCGCGACGACCUGCUGCAGAAGGCGCGCGAGUACGUGCCCUCGACGAACGACAUCUGGAGCACGUCGGUGUGGAGCGACUCGGACCUGCGCAGCUACCUCAUCAGCAACGGCUGGAUCAAGAGCGACAGCAAGGCCAAGCGCGACGAGCUCGUCAAGACGGCGCAGAAGCACGGCAACGAGCUUGCCGAGACGGCAAAGGACUACUACAACUGGUCCGACAAGCGUCUCCAGGGCUACCUGCGCUCGACGGGCAUUGACUCCUCGAAGAUGCCCAAGACGCGCGAGGGCCUGAUGCGCGAGAUGCGCGCGCGCUACCACCGCAACCACACCGGCUUCUUCGCCGCCGUCAAGGAUGGCGUGCGCUCGAUCCUCGGCGUCGGCGAGGCUGCUGCUGGUGCCGCCGAGCAGAAGGCCAACGUGGCCAGCGUCAGUGCGUCCAGCGCUGCGUCCGUCGCGUCGGCUUCGGCUUCGAGCGCGGCCGCCAAGGCCCGCGACGAGCUCUAG